CCGCGUAAGAAGCCUUUGGAGCCAGCAGGUGAGCAGUCCAACUUCUGCCGAUGCUUGACCACCCUGGACCUGAUAGGCCUGGGUGUUGGCAGCACGCUUGGAGCAGGGGUUUACGUACUCUCAGGGGAGGUGGCGAGGGAAGUGGCCGGUCCUAGCAUCGUCAUGUCUUUCCUGGUUGCUGCAGUGGCUUCAGUCUUUGCAGGGUUGUGCUACGCUGAGCUUGGUGCUCGUGUCCCAAAGAUGGGCUCGGCCUACCUUUACAGCUAUGUGACUCUAGGAGAAGUGUGGGCAUUUGUGACUGGCUGGAAUCUGCUGCUGUCCUAUGUCAUUGAAACAUCUAGUAUAGCCAAAGCCUGGACUGGAGCAUUCGAUGACCUGAUACACAAUGUUAUGGCUAAGCAUCUAGGGGAACAUACACCAAUGGACUCACCUGGCUUGGCUGAAUACCCAGACUUCUUUGCUGCUGCGCUGAUUAUGUUGCUUGCUGGGGUGCUUGCAUAUGGUCUGAAGGAGUCUGCAAUCGUGAAUACUGUUUUUACAGCAGUAAAUGUGUCUGUGUUGAUUUUUAUCAUCACUUCUGGCUUUAUAAAAGGAGAUCUCAAAAACUGGCACAUCAGUAAAAAGAUAGUUUUAAAUGCAACUUGGGAAAUUAUGAAACUUGAGCCAAAUGAAACUGUCGACUUUGGUGUCGGCGGCUUUUUCCCCUUUGGUUUUGAUGGAACUUUUGCCGGGGCAGCAACCUGUUUCUAUGCUUUCUUUGGAUUUGACUGCAUUGCUACUACUGGAGAGGAGGUACGGAACCCACAGAAAGCCAUACCUCUUGGGAUUGUGGUAUCCCUGCUUAUUUGCUUCGUGGCUUUUUUUGGUGUGUCGGCUUCCCUGACACUUAUGAUGCCCUACUAUCUGCUUGACACUCACAGUCCAUUACCUGUGGCCUUUGAGUACAUUGGCUGGGAGCCUGCAAAGUAUGCUGUUGCUGUAGGAUCCCUUUGUGCACUUUCGACAAGUUUGCUGGGAGUGAUGUUGCCAAUGCCACGGGUGCUGUAUGCCAUGGCCAGAGACGGCCUGCUCUUCAAGCCACUCAGCUUCAUGAGUUCCAGACAAAGUCCUGUCUUGGCUACGUUGUCCUCAGGAGCUGUGGCUGCUUUCAUGGUCCUUUUAUUUGACCUCAAGGCACUGGUGGACAUGAGCUCUAUUGGGACCAUUUUUGCAUACACACUUGUUGCAGUAUGCCUUCUUAUAUUAAGGUACAAAGAUGAUGCCGGAUUUGUCCUCAGACUAGAGCCAUUCUCAAUAAGGGACCUGCUCAGUCCUCCAUUUCAAGCUACCCACCGCACCUCUAAAAACGUCACCAUUCUCACCAUCAUUAUUUUGUUCCUGGUGAUCGUUUUAACCGUGCUCCUGUCUGAGGCCUUGUACUCACUCAGCAGACGGGAACUAUGGAGCGUGCUCCUCGUCUCUGUCCUCGUGCUGACAUUGGUCCUUGCCGUCGUUAUCAUCUGGCGGCAGCCACAGAGCAGGACUAAAGCUUCUUUCAUGGUUCCCUGUGUACCUGUAAUUCCAGUUUUAAGUGUCUUCAUUAAUACCUACUUGAUGGUUCAACUGGAAGGAGAAACCUGGGUCAGCUAUGCUGUUUGGAUGGCAAUUGGUCUGAUCAUAUACUUUGGUUAUGGAGUUCAUCAUAGUGUCCAGAAACAAAGACUCCAAGAGGCACACGAACAGCUCAGUAGCAAUAAUGUAAGCAGUAAUGUUGUGGAUUGUGCUGCUUGAUGCUGUGUUCCACGGAAUAUUUAAGAUGAUCAAGAAAUCACCUUAAAAACAUUUUUUGGAAUUUUACCCUGACUGACACAAAGCUAGUAUGAUGUGUCCUUUGAUGCAUAUUGUUGUGCUAACAACUGCCUGAACUAAAUAUUACCAUGGCAACAAAUGUUGCCAUUUUAUCUGUUUUGACUUGAUCCGUCGAUCUGUGUUAUGCAAUCUUGGCUAUUGUUGUUUAAUGUUAGUAUUUCGGAGUUAAUAUUUCACUUUUUAAAUAUUGAUGUAUGUUUCUGAAGUUGGGGGG